UAGAAUCUCCUGUCUCUCUCUCUCGCCAACGCACUUUCCGCCGACGUCAUACUUCUCUUUCCCUCCGCUCUCUCGAAACUUUCUUUGCCUUCUCGAGUCCGAAUUUUGAGUCAGGGUUUCGGAGAUGACGACGAUGGAGAGCUUGAUCGGUCUGGUGAACCGCAUUCAGAGGGCGUGCACGGUGCUGGGCGACCACGGAGGCGCCGACGGCACCCUGCCGACGCUCUGGGAAGCGCUGCCCUCCGUUGCCGUCGUCGGCGGACAGAGUUCGGGGAAAUCGUCGGUAUUGGAGAGCAUCGUUGGGCGCGAUUUUCUGCCCCGUGGUUCUGGUAUCGUGACGAGGAGGCCCUUGGUGCUGCAGCUUCACAAGACAGAGGAAGGCCGUCCAGAAUACGCUGAGUUCCUUCACUUGCCAAACAGGAGAUUCACUGAUUUCUCUCUUGUGCGCAAGGAAAUUCAAGAUGAAACUGACAGGCUAACAGGGAAAACAAAACAAAUUUCUCCUGUCCCCAUUCAUCUUAGCAUUUAUUCGCCAUUUGUUGUGAAUCUAACACUUAUUGACCUUCCUGGUCUAACGAAGGUGGCAGUAGAGGGACAGCCUGAUAGCAUUGUCCAUGAUAUUGAAAAUAUGGUCCAGUCAUAUGUUGAGAAGCCAAAUUGCAUAAUAUUGGCUAUUUCUCCUGCUAAUCAAGAUAUUGCAACAUCUGAUGCCAUCAAACUUGCUAGGGAAGUUGAUCCAACAGGUGAAAGGACUUUUGGAGUAUUGACAAAACUUGAUCUGAUGGAUAAAGGAACAAAUGCACUCGAUGUUCUUGAAGGAAGAGCUUACAGACUUCAGCAUCCUUGGGUUGGUAUUGUUAAUCGUUCGCAAGCAGAUAUUAAUAAGAACAUUGAUAUGAUUGUUGCCAGACGAAAAGAAAAGGAGUAUUUUGCAACUAGUCCAGAGUACUCACAUUUAUCCAGUAAAAUGGGUUCGGAAUAUCUUGCUAAACUUCUUUCAAGGCAUCUGGAGUCUGUAAUCAGGGCACGCAUCCCAAGUAUUACCUCUUUGAUAAACAAAACCAUUGAUGAACUUGAAUCAGAGAUGGAUCACCUUGGUAGGCCCAUCGCUGUGGAUGCAGGGGCUCAAUUGUACACUAUAUUGGAACUUUGCCGUGCAUUUGAUAAGAUAUUCAAGGAGCAUCUAGAUGGAGGGCGUCCUGGUGGUGAUCGAAUUUAUGGGGUAUUUGAUCAUCAACUCCCAGCUGCUUUAAAGAAACUUCCAUUUGACCGACAUCUUUCCCUACAAAAUGUGAGGAAAGUGGUUUCAGAAGCAGAUGGUUAUCAACCCCAUUUGAUUGCUCCUGAGCAAGGUUAUCGUCGCUUAAUUGAGAGUGCUUUGAAUUAUUUUAGGGGCCCAGCCGAAGCAUCAGUUGAUGCUGUGCAUUUUGUUCUUAAAGAGUUGGUGAGGAAGUCCAUAGGGGAGACCCGGGAGUUGAAGAGAUUCCCCUCUCUCCAAGCGGAGCUUGCAGCUGCAUCUCACGAAGCUUUGGAGAGGUUCCGCGAAGAUAGCCGCAAGACGGUAUUGCGGUUGGUUGACAUGGAGGCAUCAUAUUUAACCGUAGAUUUCUUCAGAAAGCUGCCACAGGAGGUGGAGAAAACUGGGAGUCCUGCUGCCCCCACCAUUGAUAGGUACACCGAUGGACACUUGAGGAGGAUAGCUUCAAAUGUUUCGUCCUACAUAUCCAUGGUGUCCCAAACGCUCAAGAACUCGAUUCCAAAGGCAGCAGUCUAUUGUCAAGUUAGAGAAGCCAAGCGCUGUUUGCUCAAUCACUUCUACACACAAGUUGGAAAGAAAGAGGGCAAGCAGCUUUCUCAGCUGUUGGAUGAAGACCCUGCUUUGAUGGAGCGCAGGCUGCAAUGUGCCAAGAGACUCGAGUUGUAUAAAAAUGCAAGAGAUGAAAUUGAUGCGGUAUCAUGGGCUAGAUAAGGUUUCAAUUUUGUAUAGUCUAUUCUCAGAUCCUAUAGGAGUAAUCAGUACCUUAUGUGGCCUUUUAUUGCGCCGUGAGUCUUUCCCUUCCCCCCAUUAUGCAAAAUUUAUUAUGCUCGUUUCCUUGUCAAUUGUUGUUGGCUCGCAUAUUUUGUAUUACUCCUUCGCAUCAUAUGCUUUGUGAAUGGGUGGUAGAGGUUUAAAUUAUGCUUUGUGAGCCUCUGUUAGGCUUAAGUGUAUUAUAUCAUUACCGCUGGUUUUUUAGGGUUUGUCAACCGCUGCUUGUCAAGCCAGUCACCAAUGGCAUCGCACACCUGCUUGUUUUUCUUUUUGGGACUACAUCUCUUUUCCCAACUUAUACGGUGGUAUUUGGGAAUUGUCAUCAGGCUUAACCAUGAUAUCAACCUGUCACAGGUCAUAUCGAUCAUCUCAAUAAAGCUUGCGGCAUGUCCUAUAGUUCCGCGGUGCAACCUUUGUCGUGCCUUAACGCGAACUCGGUAAGUUACGAGCGAUACAGGAGAAGGGGGAAAGAAGGGUCGGUGUGUGAGCCAUACAUCGAUCUCGCUUUUCACGCCACAGAAGCCGAAGCGCCCAAUCUAACGACAACCAAAGCCCCCUC